GUUCCAGAGCUUUACUCGAAAGCUCGAGCUGGUGAGAUUUCUGGUUUCACUGGAAUCGACAGUGCCUAUGAGCCACCAGAAGACGCGGAGUUGGUGAUCGAUACAGAAUCCGAAGGCCGUAACGUGGAUCGUUGUGUGGAGUCAGUACUUGAAUUCCUGCAUAAACAAGGCAUCAUUCCAGACAAAGCCAUGCGUCAAUUGUCAGGACCUCCACUCAGAGAAUUAUUCGUCGAAAGUCACGAAGAGAAGGUUGCUCUACUGGAAUCUGCCAAGGACAUGCCAUCAAUCGAGCUGGGGCCAGUGGAGGUGCAAUGGCUUCAGGGUUGGGCCACACCUUUGCCCGGAUUCAUGCGAGAACGUCAGUAUCUGCAAGCACUUCAUUUCGGUCAGCUUUUGGACUUGAAGAAGAAGACUGUCUUCCCAGGAGAAAAGGACGACGGCGCUGAAGACCCAUGGCCAAUGGAUGAGCCUGUAAAUCAGAGCGUACCGAUAGUACUGCCGAUUACAGACGAACAAAAGCAGAGCAUCACCAAUGGCGAUCAGGUGUCGCCAAAUGUCGCGCUUACUCGCGAGGGAGUUGUUCUUGCUGUGCUCAGCGACGGCGAGGUAUUCGCUCAUCGACGAGAAGAACGAGUUGCAAGACAAUUCGCGUUCACCGAUCCACGACAUCCAGCCGUUGAACAGGUUCUCUCGAGCGGGCCAUGGUGCUUGGGAGGUGAUCUGAAGGUAUUGGAGCGGAUCACAUUCGACGACGGCUUGGAUGGCUUCAGAAAAACACCAAGCGAAUUGCGAAGGAUAUUCGAGGAGAAAGGCGCUGACGCAGUUUUUGUUUUCCAAUUACGCAAUCCGAUCCACAACGGUCAUGCUCUUCUCAUGCGUGACACAAGAGAGAAACUCUUGAAGAAGUAUCGUAAUCCUAUGCUCCUUCUCCAUCCGUUGGGUGGAUGGACAAAGAACGACGAUGUUCCGCUAUCCGUACGGAUGCGUCAGCAUGAGGCAGUGAUCGCUGAAGGUGUGCUGGAUCCCUCAUGGACCGUACUGUCAAUAUUCCCAUCGCCGAUGCUCUACGCAGGACCCACAGAAGUGCAAUGGCACGCA